AGUGUGACCCCUCGCGCGUCAACAAGACCAUUUGCUUUGCGGCAGAACGUCACGCGCCCAAAGGAGAGAUUUGGUAAAGUCUGUCGUCAUGUUUGCACGCACCGCCCUCGCUGCUGCCCUGCUCGCCGUCGCCCUGGCUGCUGUGAGGAAUGGGUUUAAGAAUGACGACGCGGCUCCCAUCACCAUCGCCGUGUACCUGGAGAGUCAGUGCCCAGACAGCGCCCGGUUCGUGACAGAGCAGCUUCAUCCGGCGUGGCUACACCUGCGGGACAUCCUCGCACUCGAUAUCAAUUUCUAUGGGAAAGCUCAGGACGAGCCGAGUCCCGGAGGCUACGCGUUCACCUGUCAACACGGGCCUGAGGAGUGCAAGGGCAACAUGAUGCUAACAUGCGCCAAGAAAUACAUUCCCAGUGAGGACAGAUACAUGGCAUUCGUGAACUGCGUCAUGAGGGAACGGGCAGGAGUCUGGGCAGGAUAUAUGUGCGCCCAGGAGGCAGGCAUCACUUACCAAGGAAUCGCCACCUGCUCGAACAGCUUCGAAGGCCAAAGGCUCCUGCAUGAGGUGGGCGAGAAGCAGAGGAGGUUAAGCGUCCUCGUCUCCUAUGUGCCCUUGAUUUUCAUCGAUGGAUUAUUUUCAGUAGAUUUACUCGACGCCGCUGAAGCCAAUCUCGGGAAACUGGUGUGCGAGACCUACCGAGGCCCCAAACCAAAUAGCUGUUCCUUCUAUGAGUUCUUUGUGCAGCUUUAGACAUUAUGCAACAGCUGCUAAGAUAUGUAUUGUGUGUGGGUUUUGUAUUAUCCGCGUUUAGAGAAGUGAGUGAUGGGUAUUACAAGGAAUCCAAAAUUUGUACCGUGAAAUGUUAUAUUUAUUGUAGUGUUCUGUAUAAUAUUCCUUGUUUUAAGGUUUAUUUGGUAUUUCUUCACCCUAGGGGAAAAUUAAAAUUUAUAUUUUUUUUUUUUGUUUUAUAUCUACAUAAGAAUCUUCCAUUUGUAUUUACAUGAGCUUAUCUCUCUUUCUCUAUAUAUGUAUAUUUGUGUGUGUACACAUAUACAUAUGUCUAUAUGUAUAUUUUUCGUUGCACUGUAUCCAAAAUGUUUCUAACUGAAUCUUCAUUACUCACCAUGAGAAAAACACCCCACCGUUCUGAUAAAAAAAAACAUAAAAAAAAAAAAAAAGUUAUGGGAAGACCAUACAGUCUAGAC